AAAACAAAACUCAAUCGCCGGCGACAAUGUCAAAGCUCACACUUUUCUUCUUUCUUUCAUCUCUCAUCUUCUCCUCAUCACUUGCUUUUCAAUCAGACGAGCUCCUCGUUGACGAUAAUGAGUUUGGUCUCGAAAGAGCGAAACCCCAAUCCACCGAACUAUACACCUCUUCUUCUUCUUCUUCUUCUCCGCAGCAGCAACAGACUUCGACUAUCCGGAGAAGGUACUCGGAUCCAGAUUUGGAUUCGAAAGUCCAAUUUACUCUCGAACAUGCCUUCGGAGACUCUGAUUUCUCCAUCGCCGGCACUUUCUCAGCUCGUCUCAAGACUUGGAGCCAUGGCGGAAAGACAUUAACGAAGCUGAGGUUCUCAAGGAAUGGUUUUUCUGAAGAAGAAAAAGAUACAUUCAAAAAUCUGCUGAAAGGAGAUGACUUUUAUAGGAUUAGAGUCCCAUCUAAUGUGAUCAUCCCACCAGGGAAAGAGUUUGUGAUUGCAUCAGUGAGAGCUAGAUGUCUACCACGGGAUGGCUUGGAUGAGCAUUUCCUUAUACACAUGGAAGGUGCCAACAUCUUGGCAGUUAGUUAUGGUUCUCUUGGGGCAUGUCAAUAUCCUCGACAGUUCAAACUUCCAGAAAAAUGGUCGUUCAACUCCCACACAAUUCUGAAGAGUAGUGAGCAAGCACCAAGAACUCCAAUAUUCACUGAGGAGAUUCAAGGCGGUGAAAAUGCAGAGGGCGAAGUUGAACCACCACCAGAGAGAUCAUUCUGGGCGAAAUAUUGGAUGUACUUGAUACCGUUGGGACUCGUAGUGAUGAACGCCGUGACACAAGCAACAAACAUGGCUGAGGAACAAACAGGUGGGCAAGCAGGAGGCUCA